GCUUCCCAAUUUGCAUUCAAUGUUUUUUUUUCCCCCAGCGCCACGCUCCAGUCCCCGUGAGCUUGGCGCGCUGACACACACACACACCCACCCACCCACCCACACAUACACACACACGCGCGCGCGCACACACCUCCGCCGAAACGGACGCUCUCACUCUCAACGAGUUUCCGCGUUCGGAAAAUCCUCCGGGGGGAAAAAGCAGAAUAAUCUGACAGCCUAACUUUGUUGGAAAAUAAAUAAAUAAAUGAACAGGAAGGGGGCAAUUGUCUCGUGUAUCUUUUUUUAUUAGCCCCGUGUACGGGGGCGUCUACACCGCUCGCGGAAAGACAAAAGAGCGCGCGAGAGAGAGAGAGAGAGAGAGAAGGCGAGAGAGAAGGAGAGCGCGCGUUAAAGAAGGCUGUACGGUCGCGACGCGGAAAAGGCUCGCCGCCGAGCGCGCGCGCGCGUGUGUGUGUGUGCGUGCGUGCGCGUGUUUUUUUUUUGUCCUCUCUCGCGAAGAGAAAGAGAGGAGGGAGGGUUAAACGGAACGGCAGCUGCGGUUUGCGCGCCUGGCUUCGUGCUUUCAGCAUGUCGGAGGUGCUGCCAUACAGCGAGGAGAAAAUGGCUCAUUACGGGAACGACGGCGACGACGAGGAUCACCUCUCGUUCACCUGUCGCCUGCAGGACACCAACAACUUCUUCAGCGGCAACCAGAACAAACGACCACCCAAGCUUGGUCAGAUUGGGAGAAGCAAACGAGUCGAGGAGGACGGUGAUGCCGAGGCGCUGGAGAAGACGGCGGACAAGUCGUCCUCGUCUGCGUGAGCGGAUUCCAAAGACACUUGACCUUUGAUGUGUGUACCCAAAGACAUUGUAAAGAAGCACCCCCUCUCCCAUCCGGCAACCAAGCACGUCACACUAUCUUGCUCUCCGACACCCUCUUUCCAUCGAACAGGGAUGGCUGAUGGACAAUGCGGCGCGCAUGCAUGGGAAUCUGGACAAAAGGGGCCCAGGAAUGGGAAGGGAAUACUGUGUUUUCCAAACUUCAUUCGAGCUAUGUGCAAUGAGGGGGGCAUUGCUUUGUUAACCGAGGCCGGCCCGUCCUACCGGGAUGUAAUGAAGCAAUUAGAGUGACUGAGCAAAUUGUACCAUUAACAUCGAACCAGUAUCUUCUUCCCCAAGCUGUAGUUCAAGGCUUAGCUGAGUCGCUGGCUGAUGAUGUUAAUGGUAAAAUAGCAAUGUCAACUUCUCUUCCACGGUGAAUUUCAAAAGGAGAUUCACUAUGUAUUUAAGAUUUAAAAAAAGGCUAUUUAUUAAAUCUUUGGAUACCUUUUUUUUUGCAGUGUUGGAGGUCUGAGCAAAUUUUAUAGAGAAUGACAGGAAAACAGUGAUUUUCCUUUUAUGUUUUUUUUUUUGUUUUGGAUGUAGCUUGACUAAGGGAUUACCAUGGUCUACCCCUAAACUACCCUCCCUCUUCUCCCACCCCAAACCCAGCCUUCUUUCUUGCUAUUUCAUGCAUUUGAUGUUUCUAAGCUGACAAGGGUUAGAUCAGGUAUAUCGAGUUAAAAAAAAAACAAAAAAAAACAGAAACCUUAUCGUCGCAUUAUGAUUAUUAUUGUACUACAUAUUUACCGUAGGUGUGCCAAAUAAUCAUGACAGAAAUAUGUAUUUCUGUGCUCUCUUCACACGCACAGUUUUAUUAAUAUUCGGUGUUCAUGUUUACAGGGCUUUUUUCAUACUAGUGAUGUACUUUAGUCAUGCAUGACGAACCUGACGACCUCAAGAGAAUCUUAUAUAACGGCUAAUGUUGUGUUGAUUUCACAGGAAAAAAAAAGUUUCUACGGGAAUAUCUGUAAUAUUAAAGAUUUUGAGAAAUGGAAUGAAAAAAAAAACCCCUGUGUUGUCACACAUCCUUCUGUCUCUCGGUCCUGCUAAUGCUGUGUUUGGCUUGGGUAAAUCUGUGUGUGUGUGUGUGUGUGUGUGUAUAAAUCCAGGGGACGUGACAUUUCCGUAGCCACUGCACGUGUUGAAUGAUUCAUGUUAUGGGAAGUGCCUUUGUCAGAGUGAAACAUUUUAAAGCCGGUUGUCUGAGAUUGAAAAAAAAAAAAAAAACACAGGAAAGAAAA